AUGCAGUGUCGUGGUGAGAGUGUAUCCAGAAGUCCUGCACUAGUAGAAGGACUGUCGCUUCCGAUCCAGUGUGGCAAUAUCACCCGCUGUGACUUGCAUGCAAAUAGUCUGGAAGGUCAGAGGUACCUUCCAACCUUCUUGAGCGUAUUUAAUAAGAUUGGUCUUGAUGAAGUGGCGACUGGCCAACGAGCUAGUGAAAUGACGUCAUCAGAUUUGCUUCGGGGGUUCUGUAAUUGUUGCUCUGUGUCUCAAUGA